AUGACCGGCACCCUCGCCCUCAUGCUGCCCGUUCCCCCGACCGGCCUGCCCUGCGAGCCUGCCGCUCCGCAACCUAAUAUCAGACCGAGCAUAAAAGCAAGGCCGACCGGCCCUCGACAGCCUCGCACCCCGUCUGACCUGAAUGAUAUACGUCUGCGGCGUGCCAGUGCUGCUGUCGCUUGUCCCCCUUCGAAACAUUCACUGCAGACACCGGGAGUUCUUCCGAAACCGCGCCGCCAUUCAACACGGGUGUCUUCUGCCCCUUCUUCUACCUCCGCCUUUUCCCUCGGUGACCACCUGUCUCUCGUCUCCAACACCCCGUCCUCCCUCGUCAUGACCACCACGACUACCACUACGACCAUGACGCUGUCCCCUCCCGCACGCCUACGGGUCUCAGAGUCUUCGCCACCCUUUCUUCUCCAGCAGAGGCAUGGCCCUCCUUCAUACUUCCUCCACCACUCGCCGACUGCGAUCUCGCGCAACGGCCCGUCAACACCCCCACCGAGGCAGAAGAGGACGUUCAGCAUUGGCACCAGUGUUUCCGAGCGACCGAGCAGGACUACAUCGACCUCGCCCCCGCCCCCAGCACAGCUCGCAGAUACAGACAAGGUUCAUGUCUCCGCUACAGCCUCUGCUCCGGCCGAGCCUGCGCCGCCCGCGCGCGUAGUGACCUCAGCCUCACAGCGUUCUCUUCCCAAUAUGUCGCCCCCUCCAGAUAAGGCUCUUCCCCCCAUCCCAUUCCCGUCACGCUCCCCGUCACCCGUCGCCGACGCCUCUUUGCGGUCCCGCUCGCUGCUCCUACCCCUUUCACAGUCCAAGGCCACGAGACCGAUCUCCCAGGACGCUGAGGACACCAUCCGUCAGCUGGAACAACUCGCCGCAGAGCUGAAGCAGAUGGGAUCUGGGGCGUUGGCGGUGGCGAACGAGCGGCGUACGCGCGAGCCCUCCCGCCGCCGGAUCAGGGAAGCGCCCGCUAAGUCCGCAGGAAGCGGCGUCCCGAAGGCAAGCCUAUCGGUCCCGCGCAUCGUCGUCACGAACCCUUCUAUGGAGAACCUAGCGCGCGGGCCAGAAUCUGAGACCCCGAGCGUACGGUCCCCAGAUUCAGACGACGGAAGCGGGGAUGUCACGGAGGAAGAGCUGUGGGUCGAGCAGUACGGCGGGUGGGGCACGUCGGAGAAGGGCAAGUGGAAGGCUUCCGCCCCAGACGAGGAUGCGGGCGCUCAGGCUUCGACCUCUUCGCCGCACGCUACGCCCAGCAGCGGCCGAUCUACCCCCGCCGCGGCGAAGCCGGCGGAGAUGUUUUACAUCUACGAACCGAUCGGAGCCCCCGAAUUCCUCGCAGGGUCUUCAACAUCACCCAUCGCGCGCGCGACCGCAGGCUUCCAUAGCCGGCGACCAGUCUCAGUGCUGAAGCACCACAGCCAGAACCAGAGCUUGAACCCACCCAACCGCCCUCGUCGCCGCCGGCCUGCCGCGCUCGUCCUCGCCACCCCAGAACAGGCGGAAUGGUUCGGGGACGUCGUGCUGGGCUCCGCACCCCUCCUAUCGCGUGCUCCGCAACACCGGACACAUCUCCCGCUGGCUGUCCUCGAACCGGGGUCUGCUCGCAGCCUGCCGGUCCUGUCUCCGCCCUCCUCUCCGCGACUAUCCCCGCGGCGCGCGGUGUCAUCGGACGCCGCGGACGCGUCGUCGAGCACGAGUUCGCAUGACGGCGCUGCAGGUCUCCUGGCGAGGCGGUCCGAGCAGCUCGCACAGAUGCCGCGCAUGUCGUCGACGUCCACGUUGCGCGACCGCGACGAGGGCGGGCAAGAGCGUCCGUCUGCGUCGUGGGCCUCCUCUGCCUCCCUUGGUCCAGGAACGAGCUCGGAGCCGAAUUCUCCGCGGCACGGGAGCCGCCCGCGGCUGAAGUCGUUCAAGGGCUUGUUCAAGCAUUUCUCGAAGUAGAUGAAUUUCCGGCAUCGAACUCACUUGUAUGUAGCUAUACAGUAUGUCCGCAUAACUCUGGCGGGUCCGGGGGUGCAUGUAAUAUGAC